AUGGUCGAGAUCAGCAUUCAGAAGCGGCCGCUUGCCGGCGUCGAGCUCGAAUCGGCUCAGCACAAAUACUUUCGCAAGACUGCGCGGGGCAAGGUGCUCAAGAUACUACGCGAGCGAUAUCUCCGCGACGACAUUGCCUGUGGUAGCCGCGCUUGCGAACGCUGUCAUCACAUCCAUGCCGACCUUCAGAGACAAUCCCAAGAGAACGGCUCGCAAAACAAGAUCUUCCUAGACCCUAAUGGCCUCAAGAAUAGCAAGCUCGAUCGAAACCACUACCUCAUUCUCGACACCAACGCCUUCCUCCAUCAGAUGGAUCUCAUCGAGAACCCUAGCUUCACCGAUGUCAUUGUCCUCCAGACAGUCGCAGACGAGGUUCGCCACAGAAGCCUUCCUCUCUUCAACCGCUUGAAGAACCUCAUUUCCGAUCCCGAUCGCAGAUUCUGGGUCUUUUACAACGACUUUGGCCGCGAAACCGCAGUACUGCAACAUGAGCAUGAGUCGCCCAAUGAUAGAAACGACAGAGCCAUCCGCACAGCAGCAAAGUGGUACAGGAAGCAUCUCAUGGCGUCCACCGGCCCAGGCUCGUCAGUCAAAGCCAAUCUCGACGUGCUUCUCAUCAGCGACGACCAAGACAACGUCCAGCGCGCCCUCAAAGACGACAUCCGCGCAAUGUCGGUUCGCGACUAUAUCCAAGGUCUCGAAAAUGCAGACCAGCUCCUGGACCUUCUCUCUUCUCGCUCUCUCGUCUCGGGCUCCGGAGGCAGUGAGAAGCGCGCCGUUCUCUAUCCCGAGCAUCUUCCGCAGAACCAGGUCACGGCCGGUAUCAAGUCUGGUCAACUCCUCCAGGGCUUCUUCAACGCAAAUCCAUACAACUACCUUGAAGCCACCGUCCGAUCCGGUCAGUUGACCCGCCCCAUCCUGCUCGUCGGUCGUGAGUCGAUGAAUCGCGCCGUCGAUGGAGAUAUCGUCGCUGUCCAGAUGCUGCCCAAGGAACAAUGGAAGAGUGCGACCGAAGAAGUCAUCGACGCCGAUGCGGCGCUCAAGGACGACGAUGCAGAAGCGGGCAACGGCGACGGCGACGGCGAAGCUGACGACGAUAUCGAAGCGCGUCUCGCCAGAAAGGAAGCAGCCGACGCCGAAGCCAAUGCACGUUCUUCGCGAGGUGAACCGCAGCCGACAGGCAAAGUCGUCGGCAUUGUGCGCCGCAAUUGGAGGUCGUACGUCGCCCACGUCGACGUGAAUUCGGUCAACUCCUCUGCACUAUCGAGCCUCGGCGCACAGACGGUGUUUGCAACGCCGGUCGACCGCAAGCUGCCUCGAAUCCGUAUUCGCACCCGCCAAGCGAAAGAUCUCAUGGGACAAAAGAUCCUGAUCGCUCUCGACGCAUGGCGGCCAACUUCACGCUAUCCUGAUGGUCACUUUGUGCGCGCCCUUGGCCAAGCCGAGAGCAAAGAAGCCGAGCAAGAAUCGCUCUUGCUAGAGCACGAUGUACCCUACCGACCGUUCAGCAAGGCCAUCCUCGACUGCCUACCGCCCGAGGGCGAUAGCUGGGUGGUACCUCCCAAGGACAUGACGCACCAUGCUUGGAGAGACAGAGUCGAUAUGCGCGACGAGAUCAUCUGCUCCAUCGACCCGCCUGGGUGCCAAGACAUUGACGACGCACUUCACGCCAAGCAGCUGCCCAACGGCAACAUCGAAGCGGGCGUGCACAUCGCCGACGUCUCCUACUUUGUCCGUCCCGACAACCCGAUGGACGCCGAAGCGGCAAGUCGCGGCACUACCGUCUACCUGGUCGAUAAACGAAUCGACAUGCUCCCUCACCUGCUCGGCACCAACCUGUGCUCGCUUCGACCGUACGUAGAACGGCUUGCCUUCAGUGCAGUGUGGGAGAUGACGCCCGACGCCGAGAUCGUCAAUGUGCGAUUCCACAAGUCGGUCAUCGCAUCCAAAGCCGCCUUCACCUACGAAGAAGCGCAACUGCGAAAGGACGAUGCAUCCAAGAAUGACGCCAUCACAAAGUCGAUCCGAUUGCUUAACUCGCUCGCCAAGAAGCUCAAGCAGAAACGUAUGGACGCUGGAGCGCUCAACCUCGCAUCACCCGAAGUGCGUAUUCACCUUGACUCGUCCGAAUGCGCGGCGCCGAUCGAUGUCGAGCAGAAGGAAAUGCGCGAAACCAACUCGCUCGUCGAAGAAUUCAUGCUUCUCGCCAAUGUCUCGGUCGCCGAACGCAUCUACCAAGUGUUCCCCAUGACGGCGGUACUUCGUCGUCAUCUGCCCCCGCCGCGGACAAAUUUCGAGACGUUGCAGGACAUUCUGCUCAAACGACGCAACAUGGAGCUUGACGUGUCGAGCUCGGGAGCGCUGGCUGCUUCGCUCGACAAAUGUGUCGAUCCCAAAGACCCCGCGUUCAACACGUUGGUCCGAAUCAUGGCGACACGGUGCAUGCUCAGUGCGGAAUACUUCUGUUCCGGAAGCGUUGCACGUGAUACUUUCAGUCAUUAUGGUCUGGCGGCGGGAAUGUAUACACAUUUCACAUCGCCGAUUCGACGGUACGCCGACGUGUUGGCGCAUCGUCAGCUCGCAGCUGCGAUCAACUACGAGCCACUGCACGCGUCGUUGCACAGCAAAGACUACGUCGAUGACAUUCUCAAGGUCGUCAAUAAACGACACCGAUCAGCGCAGCAGGCGGGACGCGCUUCGGUCGAGUUCUACGUAGGUCUCAGCAUCGCUGAACGUAACGCGUCACUUUCGCAGUCCGCGAACCAUGCGCCUAUGAUGCAAAGCUCAGCUUACGUGAUCCGAGUCUUCCGUAACGGUCUAGCCGUGUUUGUCAACCAAUUUGGUCUAGAAGGCCUGAUCACGUUCAACGACGAAGUCGAGUUCGAUCAGGACAACUACCAGGUCACCAUCCCCAAGCACGUCAGUGCACUCAACAAGAAUCUCAAGCUGGGCAUCUUUGAUCAGUGUACCGUACAGAUCGGCGUCACCAAGGAUGCCAAUACGAAGCGCGGCAAGGUGAGCAUGCAUUUGGUUGCAUAA